UUAUUUCUCCCAUUUUUAUAUCUCUCGGUGGAGGAAUGCUUGUCACCUACUCCUUUCAUACUCCGCACUCUCUCUUCCUAAUCCUCUCACAAAGAAGAAGAACGCGAUUGGCCCAAAUGCCAACACCACCACCUUCUUAAACUCUCAUCGCUGGUCAUGGACAAACACAAAUGCAAGCUCUGCUUCCGAAGCUUCUCCAAUGGGAGAGCCUUGGGCGGCCACAUGCGCUCUCACAUGAUGAACCUUCCUCUCUCCAAGCCCGAAGAAGCCUUCUCCCGCACCAUCCAACUCAGCUUCGAAGCUGAGUCGGCUUCGUCAUCGUCAUCAUCCGAUGAUGAUCAUGGUCACACGCAUCCGCAUGACCAUGAUCAUCAGGAUGACGACGAUGACAAGGCUUUGUGCUACGGGCUCAGAGAGAAUCCCAAGAGAAGCAUCCGCCUGGUGGAUCCCGAAUUUUCCUUCGCAGCCGCGGACACGGGCUCGGUGAUCCUCCAAGAUAGAGAGAGCGAGACGGAGUCGUCGAAAAACAACCCCACAAGGAGAAGAUCCAAAAGGCCAUGGAACAACAACAACAACAACUAUUAUAACUACAACAAUGAGAGGAACAAGAAGCAGGUCGUGGGGGAGAAGAGUAAGACAGAAUCGUGGGUGGAGCAAGAGCCAGCGAGUUCGGUGUCGGACGCGACGACCGAGGAGGACGUGGCGUAUUGUCUGAUGAUGCUGUCGAGGGACAAAUGGAAGAGGCAGAAGGAGGAGGCGCAGGUGGAGGAAGCGGAGGAGCAGUACGAGGAGGAGGAGGAGGAAGAGGAGAGCGAGGAGGAGGAAGAGGACGAGGCGUUCGAGGAGAGCGAGGAGUCGCAGGAGACGAUGAAAGUGUGCAAGAACCGAGGAGGAGGAGGAGGAGGAAGGUACAAAUGCGAGACGUGCAACAAGGUGUUUCGAUCCUACCAAGCAUUGGGGGGCCACAGGGCGAGCCACAAGAAGAUGAAAGUGAACGUGAAAGUGGACGAGGGCGAACACAACAAAAGUGGACCCUGCGUUGCUGAAAAGAAAAUCCACGAGUGCCCCGUUUGCUUCAGAGUCUUCGCUUCGGGUCAAGCGCUUGGGGGACACAAGAGAACGCAUGUUACUAACGCCGCAACAACGCUUAUUCCUUCCACUUCCUCAAAGUUCGGAAACACCUUCAUAGAUCUCAACCUCCCUGCCCCCAUUGACGAUGACGACGCCAGCCAAAUCGAAAACUCCGCGGUUUCCGAUGCAGAAUUCGUCAAAACCCGUUAGUGCAGAAGAAUUGGGAAGCAUGCGUGUUAUAGUGGGCUCUGUUUCAGCUUCCAAGCAAAUACAAAGUAACUGUUUUCUACCGUUCAUUGGUGAUGAAUCCUAAACAAGAGUCGUUUUCAGAGGAAGUUGAUCAAUCUGCAAAUAUUUUAUUAGUAUAAAAGUAUCUUCCACUUCUGACUUCGAGGAGCAUUAUACAGUUCCAUGAAAAGAAAUGUGUUUUCUUGGUGCUUCUUUUAUUAUUUUAAUUUUUUUUUCCACUCAGAGCAUCUAAGAAGUUCCGUAUCUUUUCCCCCUUUUAUUUUUUUCGGCUGAAAGAAA